UGUGUGUGUGUGUGUGUGUGUGUGUGUGUGUCUGCCUGCCUGCCUGUCUCUUUCUGUCUGUAUCUGUCGGCUGGCCACACGCUGACCCUCUAAGGCAAGAUGAUGCAGCAGAUCCUGCAGGAGAUGUUCAUCGAGCCGGACCUGCUGGCCGAGCUCAACGAGGAGCAGAAGCAGAUCCUCUUCUACAAGAUCCGCGAGGAGCAGGUGCGCCGCUGGAACGAGCGGGAGAGCCGUGACCCCAACCCCCGCGUCUGUAAGACCGGUGAGCGGCGGGGCAUCCAGUGGCUGCUGGGCAGAGAUGGGGAUGUGUGGGUGUGGGUGAUGGGGGAGGCGAAGGGGGACAAGCCCUACCAGGACAUUGUGGAGGAGCUGAUGGAGGAGCGCGCCAGGAAACAGGCCCAGCGCGAGGCCCAGGAGCUCUGGCGUGUGAAAGAGGCCGAGAUCGAAAAGAAGUUCCGGGAUGCCAUGGCGAAAGAGAAGGCUCGCUUCGUCGCUGGGAAGUGGAGAGAGGAGAUAGAUGACAGGAGAGCGGCGAAGCAGGUGGAGGAGGAGAACCGCAUCCGGGAAGAACUGAAGAAGUGCAAAGAGGAGGAGAGGCAGAGGGGGGAGGAGGAGAUCCGUCGGGCGGAGGAGAGGAGAGCGAAAGAGCUGUACAUCUCCCUGAAGCAGGAGGAGAAGAGGAGCGAGAGAGAUGACAAGGAAUGGCAAGAACAAUUGAGGCGCUCGAAAGCGGCCGACGAGGAGAUGAAGACGAAGGCGAGGCGUGCCCGUGACGAGUACAAGCGCCAGUCGCUGCGCGCCAUUGAGAAGGGCCUGGUGGCGGGCCUAAGUGGACUUUUCCAGAAGACGCACCUCAACGGCUCAGGCCAGAGCCGGCGGCACAGUGCCAUCAUCGAGCAGUCGUCGACUGGCGCCGCAGCGGCCCCACUGCCCGAGGCCAGCCGACCUGCAGCUACCUUGGUGACAACAAACACAUCUGCACCCGUGGCAGUGAGUGCCCCGCCCAGCGCUGGCUCCACGCACUAUCGCCUCAGACAGAAUCGUCGCCAUAGCAGCCCAGCAACACAGUCCCUCUCAGAAUGCCCUGUGUGGAACCGGCCGGCCCGACCCAGCUCACGCGAGUCCAUCCUGCGCUGGUUCCGGGAGGAACAGCGGCCCAAGAGAGCCGGCUACCAGAGGAACAGCAACACUAUAGCCCCCUGGUUCCACGGCAUCAUUUCGCGACAGGAGUCCGAGGCUCUGCUGAUGAAUGCCAGCGAGGGCAGCUUCCUGGUGCGCGUGAGCGAGCGCAUAUGGGGCUACACGCUCUCGUACCGCACGCCGUCUGGCUUCAAGCACUUCCUCAUCGACGCCUCAGGCGACUACUACAGCUUCCUGGGCGUGGACCAGAACAGACACGCCACUCUGGCCGACCUCAUCGACUUCCACAAGGAAGAGGUCAUCACCACAUCAGGAGGAGAGCUCCUCCAGGAGUCUUGUCGUCCAAGGUCCUCCAACGUGGACUAUGGGGGUCUCUUACUGCUUCCUCCUCCACCCUGACAGAGAUAAACACAGACACUACCUGCCCAACUCAAUCAUAUACACACACGUACACCAACACAUACACUAGCACACCUCAGACAUUCAGACCUGCCUGUUUGACACGUUAUACGUACAGGCUGACCGCUCUCACACAGGCACUCCAAGCGUUGGUCUUUCCACUGCUUGUUCUGUAACAGAUUUGGAUCGUGGGA